GUCUCCUUCCCAUAUUCCUUCCCACCGGCCUCGAGUCGCCCGCGCGAGAUCUGCCUCCCACCGCGGCCACAUGCCGCGCAACGACGCCCGGCAAGCUCCCCCGCGAUCGAGGUAGGCCCCGCCGGAUCCUGAGAAGGAUGGAGGCGGCGGGCGGCGGCACGGCGGACGAGCGGUGGGCGUCGCUGUGCAACUGCGUGGUGAACUUCCUGCUGGAGGAGCGGUACCAUCUCACGGCGCUCGAGCUGCUGCAGGAGCUGCAGGAGGACGGACGCCACGCGCACGCGCUCCGCCUCCGCGCCUUCGUCUCCGACCCAGCGCUCUUCCCGCCGGACCUCCUCGCGCGCGCAUCCUCCGCCACGCCCGGUGCUGAUCCACAGAGUUUGUUAGAAGAGAAAGUAGCGGCACAAGAAAGAUUGGCGCUCGCAGAGUAUGAUCUGCGACUAGCCAAAGAAGACCUUUCACAGUUGAAGCUUGAGUUACGAAAGCAAAAAGAAUCAUCUUCUGAAGAUUCAAACGGGCUCCUUUUGGGUGCUUCUACACGGGAAGGAUCCAUUAGCCAACCAGACAAACGGGAUUUGAAAAUUUCAGCAUUGGGCCCUCUAAAGGAUAAUGAACGAAAAGAUCUUAACUGUGCUGUAAAAGAAUACUUGCUUUUGGCAGGGUAUCGACUUGCAGCCAUGACAUUCAUUGAGGAGGUUCCUGAUCAAGACCUUGAUGUCUGGCCAAACAGUUCAGCUUGUGUUCCUGAUGCGCUUCGCCGUUAUUACUAUCAGUAUCUUUCAUCUACCGCAGAGGCUGCAGAGGAAAAAAUAUCCAUACUUCGGGAAAAUGAAACAUUAAGUAAGGACAAUGAGCGACUCAAUGCUGACAAGGGCUCCUUGAUGAAGAGCUGCGAAUCAGCUAAUGAUCAGGUUGCUGCUUCGAGGAAGACUUUGGAAGCUGCACAUAAGGAUAUAAAAGAGAAGGAGAAAAUGGUUCAAGACUUGAGGCAGUCACUGGAUGUCCAGAGGAAAGAGCUGAACGACUGCAGACCUGAAAUUACAUCCCUUAAGAUGUACAUUGAAGGGGCAAGGGAAACUUGGAUUGUUCAACAAAGAGUGCCUUGCUUGUGGUGUAAUAACAUGGGAGCUAAGGUGUCAUGCUAGAACCAAACGUGUUCCAGUGAAUGUUGCUAUCAACAUCAUUGAGUAAAGAUUUAUUUCCUUCGAGCAUUAGUCGGCUGAUAUCACUCUCAACUCAGUUCUUUAUGCAUUUGCAAUCUUAACAUUGGGUUUGUAAAAAGUAAAGAUUCAGAGUGACAGAGAAGAUACAUAAUGGAGUAUAUCUGUAGC